GGAAAAUAUUUUUAAAAAAUCACUGGAUUUUUGGAUGGCUAACGACUGCGUUGGCUGUAGACUUUAGUCUGUUCGAUAUCGAGCUGCGGACUUUUUGUUGUUGCUAUGCUUUUUUGGGCUGACUAUGAUGCGAAAUCGCCGGCGCAGACAUGUGCCAAAUUUCUUGUUUACGCCACCGUUUCGAUGCGGUGCGUCAAUGGAAGCGGGUUUGCCACGCGGUCCUCGGAGUAAACAUGUAUCAAAAACUCGACUCCCAGCCCCUCCUUCGUCUUAUUUGCAAAGGUUUCGCUGAUAAAACCAGUUGCUCCGAUAGCUCUAAUUUGCAUUGUCGUCGGCUUGAAACGGGUUCGCCUCAGACGGAGUCGGAGACUGAGGUCACCCCACCGGGGCUGGGCGCGGUGCCGGUGCGAGGGAGGGUUCACAUCGCGGUGCCUUGGUAUGAUAUGGAUUUGGAAGUCGGAACAGCCUGCAGCUGGCACUGCGUUACUUGAUCGUAGAAC